CUAAGCUGCUAUCUGGCAAAGAACAAAUAUUACAUCACUUUUGUCAUAAGUAAAAGUAAUAUAAUUCACGGUCAACGUUUUUACUUAUCGUAAAAUCUCGAAAAUAUUCAAGAGGGGCAGCGAUUUGUGCCGGGUUAUGAACGCUUUCUAUGCCGGCGAGUGCGCGCAGUUCCUCCACCGCGCUUAUCCCGUACGAACGUAACUCAGCAAACAAUACGGACAAAAUGUUUGCACACCCCGUGAUAUAAAGUCACGACGCAUCUAUUCACGAGCAAAAGUUAGCAACGGUUUGCCAACAGUGAAAGGCUUCGUUAUAAGUAUAUAACAAAAAACGUUUCGAAGUAGCUCAGUUCGAGAUGCGAACGGCCAUCUGGGUGUUGACCCUCGCGGCGAUCGCGGUCGCCGAAAUCGCUGAUGAACCCUGGGUCGAAGAGGAGGACUUGGAAGAACCGUACUCGAAUGACAGAGAGGACGAUCAUGAUAGAAGAAAACGAGAAGUGUAUGUCGAAGGUCCCUUUGAAGAACACGUUAGGGUUAAGAGAGGUUGCGAUGACGAACCAAAAUAUAGAGUACAGCGAUCGGAGGACCACGUAAGGAAGGCACGUCAGGUUCAUCAAUAUGAAGUUCACGAGUUCAAUGACGAGGCGUCUCUCCCUUCGCCUCCGUAUGAGGAAAUGCUAGCAGCAAGUGCCGAGCAUUACCACAGAGUAUACGCUCCAGCUCCCCAAGCUCGUAGUUUGAAUAGAGAAGUGAAUGCCGGUCCACUUACAUUUGGUGUCCCUGCGGCGUAUGAUCCUGUCCGAGUUGUAGCUGCGCCAGCUCUAAGACCUGUAUCUAACAUUGCUGAACCCAAUCAACCAGACAAUAUUGCUUCCGUUUCUUUACCGAAUGCGGAACCAGUCGCUUUUCUGCCGUUAUCUCCAGCGCCUUUAAGAGUAGCGGAUGAUUUGUCAACAGCAGCUGGUCACCACAAGGAGAAACAUCAUCCUAAGUCUCGAGGGUAUUCUAGUGGUGGCGGUCACCAAAAGCAUGGCAUCCACAACGCGGAACACGGUGGAAAGAGUUCAAAGAAGUCGAAUUCUGAGCAUCAUUUAGAUAAGGGUGCUAAAGGCUUCAAGACAGACGAACUUCAUCGCAAGGAAUACGAAGAGGCUGGGGGUCAGAAGAAGAAACAUCAUGACAGAGCCGAACACAAAGGUGAUCACGAAGAAGAGGCCUUCGGUUCCAGGGGAGCACAUUUCGGCGAAAAGAAGGGACACAAAAAAGGUCACAAAACAAAAGGAUUCCACAAUAAAUAUCACAAGGAUGAAUUCCAUAAAGAACACAAAUUCUAUGACGACUUCCACAAGGGUGGUGAACACCACCGAUACGGCAAGUUCAACGCCAAACACGCGAGCAACGAGAGCGGUAAGAAGAAGGUACACCACGUCAACGCUGGACACGACUUCUUAGAACAUGGCAAGAAGGGCUACAGCAACAAAGGGCAUUUAGACGCUGACCACAAGGGUCAUAAGGGAAAAGCAGGCCAUGAAGAGCACAAUCAACACCACGCCCAACACGGAAAGAAGGGUGGUAAAGAAGGCGGUUCGCAUUGGGCAUAUGCCAAGAACUAACCCUAAGAAACUCUUUAUAUAAAUGCCAUAGUUGUGCUUAGGGCGUUUUAAAGUUAAAAAUAUUGUUAAUUGGUACUGAAUUGUUAAAAUCUUAGUUUUACUGUAGUUUUCGUUUGGUUUAGGAUUUUGCUGAUAUUAAAAUAUAAUAUUCAUAUAAGAAAUAUUUACAACUACAUAAUUUAAAAUCUAAACAUUCUUUAAGUAGGCUCAUAAAAUAAUUUUUACCAGCUUCCACAGGUUUGGAGAGUAGAUUUUACCGUAAAGAACUAUCAAGAGCUUCAUUAGUUACUUAUAUUUGACUUCUUUGAUAACUAUGAAUGAUUAUUAUAAAAAACUAUAAUUUACCGCUGAACUUAUAAACGUUAUUAAGCGGGUAAUUUGUUAAAGAAUACUGUGUCUUCUUCUUUCGAAUGUCAAAUCAAUAAAUAGAAAUAUAAUAGAAAUAAUAGAAAGAGCGAAAUCUGUUUUAAAUUUAACAGACUCUUAGUAAACGUUACGUACCGUUUUAUAAGUAAAACUUUUACUUUAUUUCCUAUCCUUAAUGAUUAUUUGAAUGUUUUUAGUAACGUGCUCAGUAAAGCAACAUGCUUUUUUACGGCUUAGAGUUAAAUUUAGCUUUUAAAUUAUUCAUUUUUAAUUUACAAUUUAAUAACAGAGAAGCAAUUUUCCUUUCGAAAAUUGCUUCUCUGUUAGAAGCAAUUUUCCCUUAAAUAUAACAAUAUAAUGUGUUGCAUUAUCAAACGUAGAAAAAACUAAUUUCACAGUGAAUUGUGAAUUAAACAGAAAUUCAUCUAAAAACUUUUAUAUUGAUUCUUUACACAAUCAUCGGAACAAAUCGUUUACUCGUUGUAACUGUUUAAGGUCAUUUGGACCUUUCAUUUGACUUCGCGUUUUAUAAUAAAUUUCUUUUAUUUUUAUUGAAGCUAGUUUAGCUUCUAUGAAAUUUAAAUCGAAAUCUUGUAAUAAAUGUGUCAAUUAAUAUCAGCAGAAUCUAAUUCUUCAUUAUUUUUAAGCAACUGUGUGUAAUUCCAACUUCUUAAGUCGCUUUAAAUUCAUCUCUCUUGUUUUCUUAAAGUUUGUAGUGUUCAUUUUUCCCUCUCUAAAUUAUACUAUCUCAUUAACAAACAUUUUAUUGGUUAAGACGGUAAGAAAUUGGAAUUAAUAGAAAUAAAUAAUUAUUAUAUGGGUUUUUGUAACUUUGUAACGAUUGUAAUAAAUGUACAUAUUAAAUGUGUUUU